AUUUGAAAUUGCUUAACUACGCCAAGACUUUGGAAGAAGGCUCAGAUGCCCUGCUGUGUUCCUUGCCAUAGGCAGACUGAUCCAGGACCAGCCAUUGCCCACUGCCUCUUGGCCUACGUCUACUAGCCAUGGAUGAAGCAAAGGCUUUCAAAGUUCGGGUGACUUUUGCCAUUAUUUUGAUUGGCGUGGCUUUAAUGUUUACAGCCGUGGUGACAGACCACUGGGCAGUGCUGAGCCCGAAAGUAGAGGAGUACAAUGCGACCUGUGAAGUGGCUCAUUUUGGGCUCUGGCGGAUCUGUAUAAAGCGGAUCUUCAUGAAAGAAAAUGAGACGGACAAGGAUCAGGGCUGUGGGCCAAUCAGCCUGCCAGGAGAACGCAACUGCUCUUAUUUCACACACUUUGUCUCAGGAGAGAGCACGGAAAUAUUUGAAGUAUCAACACAAAGAGAGUACAGCAUUUCUGCAGCUGCCAUUGCCAUCUUCAGUGUCGGCUUCUCCAUCAUUGGAACAAUCUGUGUCCUCUUAUCCUUCAGGAAAAAGAUGGAUUAUCUCCUUAGGCCAGCGGCCAUGUUUUACACAUUCUCAGGUUUGUGCAUUAUCAUAUCUGUGGAAGUCAUGAGGCAAUCUGUCAAGAAGAUGGUUGACAGUGAUGACACGGCCUGGAUCGAAUACUAUUAUUCCUGGUCCUUCGCCUGUGCUUGCACUUCCUUCGUCCUGCUCUUCAUCUGUGGAGUGAUUCUUCUCUUCAUCUCCUUGCCUCGAAUGCCCCAGAACCCAUGGGAGACUUGUAUGGAUGCCGAACCAGAGCAUUAAGACACUUCAUAUCCUAGUGCCACUUAAGGAACAUCGUAUUCCCUCUCCCACCCCAAAAGGUCAGCUAUAUAUAGAUAUUAUAGGAGACCUCCAGGAGCCAGCGUAGGGUGACUGAAAAAUCUUUGGAUAAUGCCUGUUUGUAGAAUCAAAAGUGAGAGACUCAUACAAAGCAGUAUUCCUGUUGUAAAGUGUGCUCAAACUGCCAGCUUUGAGAACAGUGAUAAAUCAUUGCGCUCUGCGAUAACCACCAGUUCGUAAGACCACCCACUUGGUAUCGCUGAGGAAGGAGUGAUAGUAACCCAAUUGAUUUUUACUGCACCACAAAGAGAGAAAUACACAUGGCCCCUUUUUUUGGAAACAUCUGUGAACAGAAAAUCAAGAGGUCUAAUCCAUAUUCUAACCUCUGUAUAGGGUAUUUUCUCUAUCUUUAUCACUGGAGAUGAGUAAACAAAUGUAAAUAAUGCUACUUUGAGUUCUUGGCAUGUGUGAUGUUAUUAAAGUACAUUAUGAAUAAAAAAGAAUUUGGGAUAACA